CGCUGCUGCCAGCGGGAUGCAGCAUUGGACCCGUUUUCCCGACGUGAGCGAGAGCGCUGAAACCGGAAGCUCCGGCGAGAGAGAGAGAGAGAGAGAGCGAGAGCGAGAGCGAGAGCGAGAGCGGGCGAACCCGGGACCGAGUAAAGUAACCCGCUGUUUCUUACGGACUACAGACGGAUCCCGUGAGGAGUGCCGAGACUCUUACCGACCGCAGCAGGAAUACAGCGAUCACUCACCGGACCAACAUAUAAUGUCAUCGAACUCAUAGCGCGCUUCUUUUAUAUCUCAGUUUGUUGUUUGCGUCUCGUGAAGCCAAGGAGAAUAAUCGUAAUUUCUGCGCACUUUGUGAACGCGUUUGACCUGCGCAGCUGCACCUGCGCGUCCCCGGAAAACAUGGACGGAUCACCGGGGACCGAAACCGAGAGGAGCUCCAGAACAACAAGACGAAGACGAAGAGCCGACGGCAGUCUUCUAGCCGUCUUCAUAAUGUGCUCUAAAGUCUUCAUCAUCCAGGCGUCAUCACUUCAGUUCUCCAAAGAGCCCAAAUCUCAGGAUGCGUUACACGGCCGCAGCGCCAUCCUGCGCUGUGAGGUCAGCGACCCGGUGGACGUGCUGUUCUCGUGGUCUCAGGACGGGCGACGCGUGCAGGACUCGGACCGCCGCUUUCAGGAGGGCAGCAACCUGAAGUUCAUGGCAGUGGAUCGACAUGCCGACACAGGCAACUUCCAGUGUGUGGCAUCCAGCAGUGCCACAGGAGAGACGGUGACCUCCGCCAACGCCUCCUUCAACAUUAAAUGGCUGGAGAGGGGGCCGGUCACUAUGAAUGAACCCGCCUCAGAGGCGGAGCUAGAGGAGGCGGAGCGAAUCGUGCUGCAGUGUCACAUUGAUGGACAUCCACGGCCGAGCAGUAAAUGGUUCAAAGAUGGAGGUCAGCUGGGCGGAAAGGACCGGAUCCUCACGUUGAACGACCUCAGCCCAGGGGAUUCUGGGAUUUACUACUGCUGUGCUCGAAAUGCAGCAGGACAAGUGUGCAGUAACCACAACAUCACUCUCAACAUCAUCGAUAAGACUCUUCCCCGUGUGGUUGUGGCUCCAGUGGAUCAGGUGGUCCUGCGUAAUGAAGAGGCUGUGUUUCACUGUCAGUUCAGAGCCAAGCCUCCGCCACUGCUCCAGUGGUUCCACGACGCAGAACCUGUCGUCAACAAAUCACGGGUUACGGUGUAUGCUAAUGGCACACUGCACAUCACUCAGGUGAAGCAGCGCAGCACAGGUGUGUAUAAAUGUGUGGCUCAGUAUGGAGAGAACAAACACGUGCACGUGGACGCCGCACUCAGGAUUGCAGAGAUUGAAGACAUGGGCGAGCGCAUGUUUCGGGUGUUCUCGGCCGACAGCAGGGAGAGGGUGAGCUGUGUGCCGCCGCGUGGUCAGCCAGAGCCAGAGGUGUGGUGGGAGCGCACGGGUGCUCGUGUGCCGUCUGAGGGUCGAGUCCAUCAGCGGGACAGAGAUCUGAUCUUCAACCCCACAGACAGCUCAGACUCGGGCGUCUACACGUGUGUCGCCCAGAACAAGGCGGGACAGAAGCAACAGGAGCUUGUGGUCACUGUAGCCACCUCUCCAGAAUGGAUUGUGAAGCCGCAGGACACACACAUCGAGGAAGGUCAGCCGGGUUACCUGCACUGUCACGCACAGGGCACACCAGAACCACGGGUCACAUGGUACCGCAAAAGCGUCCCGAUCAGUGAGGAGGGCUCUCGUUAUAAGCUCUUCUCUAACGGGACUCUGAGGAUCAACAGCGCAGAGGUGAAUGAUGGUCAGAUGUACAGCUGCACAUGUGUGACGGAGGGCGGCUCCAUCACCGCACAUGCCCGGAUUCACAUACUGGAGAAGUUAAAGUUCACGCCCAUCCCGCAGCCGUCGCAGUGUCUGCAGCUGGACAGAGAGAGCAGCAUCAGCUGUGUCGCUACAGGACGAGAGACUCCCACAAUACACUGGAGCAGAGCAGACGGCGCUGAUCUCCCGCCUCACGCGAGUCAGACAAACGGAGUUCUUCACUUCAGUACAGUCAGCCGUGGCGACGGCGGAAACUACACAUGUGUGGCAUCCAGCAGCGCUCAGGGAGAGAUACGAGCACACGUACAUCUCACUGUAGGAGUUCACGUGGAGUUUAAGCUGGAGCCGGAGCAGACGACAGUCUAUCAGGGUCACACGGCUGUGUUUCACUGUCAGGCGUCAGGUGACCCGCAGCCAUACGUCCAAUGGAUGCUCAAAGACAAACUUCUCAGCAGCAGCAGCUCCAGCAGGUUUCAGAAGAUGCCCAAUGGCUCUCUGGUCAUUAGUGAUGUCACCACUGAUGACACGGGCCUGUACACCUGUAUCGCAGGAAACACCUGCAACAUCAGAGACACGGCAGCGCAGCUUUACGUUGUGGAGAAACCUGUGCACCCGCGUGAUGGAGACGAGGAUAAGAGCCAGUUUAAGAUGUUCCAGACGAUCGCGCUGUCGGUGGCUGUGGCCGUGGCUUACAUCAUCGCUGUGCUGGGACUCAUGUUCUACUGCAAACAGAGACGCAAGAACAAACGGCUGCAGAAGAGCCGUGCCGCGGAAGAGCCCGAGAUGGAGUGUCUGAACGGUGGCGCUGUUCAGCUGAACGGCCACAGGAUGGCUGAGAUGCAGGAGGAAGUUGCUUUAACCAACAUGGGGCCCUCAACAAACAUUGAGAAACAGCAGAGCUGCACUGACAAACUGCACUUUCCCAGAGCGCACCUGCAGACCAUCACCACGCUGGGUUGCGGUGUGUUCGGCGAGGUGUUUCUGGCUAAAGCGAGGGCUAUAGAGGAGGCAGAGGAGGAGACUCUGGUACUAGUGAAGAGUUUACAGAGCCGAGAGCAAACGCACCAGUCCGAGUUCAGACGAGAGCUGGAGAUGUUCAGCAAACUCAAUCACGCUCACGUCGUGCGACUGCUGGGGCUCUGCAGAGAAACUCACCCACAUUACAUGAUCCUGGAAUACGUUGAUCUGGGUGAUCUCAAACAGUUCCUCAGGAUAUCAAAGAGCAGUGAUGGGAAACUCAAGCCACAUCCCAUCAGCACUAAAACUAAAGUCUCCAUCUGUGCUCAGGUGGCUGAUGGGAUGCAGCAUUUAUCAAACCAGCGUUUUGUGCAUAAAGACCUGGCAGCCAGGAACUGUCUGAUAAGCGGACAGAGACGGGUGAAAGUGUCUGCGCUCAGUCUCAGUAAAGACGUCUAUAACAGUGAGUACUAUCACUACAGGCAGGCCUGGAUUCCCCUGCGCUGGCUCCCGGCCGAGUCAGUCUUUGACGGCGAGUUCUCCAGUAAGUCAGACGUGUGGGCGUUCGCUGUGCUCAUGUGGGAGGUGUUCAGUCUGGGCGAGCUGCCGUACGCCGCACUCAAUGAUCAGCAGGUGCUGGAAGGUCUGCAGGCUGGUCAUGUGAGUCUGUCUCCUCCUGAAGGCUGUCCUGCUCACAUCUACAGUCUGAUGAGCCGCUGCUGGGCGUCCAGCCCUAAAGAGCGGCCCACGUUCAGUGAGAUCGCUCAGACUCUGGCUGAUGUUCCUGCAGACACUAAGGUCUGAAACAUCACCAUCACUACAAUCAGAGACACACUUCAGACACGAGAGUCGGUGCCGUGACACGCUCAGGAUCAGGCUUUCACCUGCCUUAAACACGCUUCUGUCACACAAAUCAUCUGUUUACGGUUUUGUAGUUCGGCCGCUUCGCUCCGACCCGAAGCUUCCUUCCUCAGGGACGCCAGAAGGAGCUUCAUGUCAGGGCAGUGAACUUUGACCUCUGACCUCUUGACAAUCGCAGCUCCAUCAGGCCGCAGACGCAGGAGGAGGUACUGCAGAUGUGCUCGUGUCGAGGAAUCGGCAGUGAUCAGUGUGUGUGUGUGUGUUUCCACAGGAUGAUGUCACGUCAGGAAAUGCAUCAUUAGUGGAAUUCACUCGCUUGUAUUUAGAGACUAGAGACUGAAAUACCAAGCUAUAAUCCCAUUAACAAUUAUACACACUGCAAAAAUAAUGUUCUUCCUCUGCAUUUUUUUUUUAUUUUUAUUUUUUUAUCUUAAUCUUCAGUCAUUUUGCUUCUCCAGUUCUUGAUUUAAGAAUGUUUAGAUAUUUGUGCUGGAAAACAAGACAGAAACACUGAGGAAGAACAUCAUUUUUUGCAGUGCACUAAUUGAGGUGUUUGUGGUGAAAGAGGUUGUACGUUAUGAUAA